AUGGGGAGAGUGAGGGAUCUUGAAAAAGCCAUACGUCGCUUUUGGUGGGGAAAUGGAUCGAACAAGGGCAUACAUUUGGUCUGUUGGGAGAAGAUGUGUACGGCAAAAGAAUAUGGCGGUAUGGGAUUUCGAGAUCUUCGAUCUUUCAAUUUGGCGCUACUCACGAAACAGGCAUGGAGGAUACUGACGAAUCCUAAUUCUCUCUUGGCUCGAAUUCUUUCUGCUCGUUACUUCCCACGUGGCAAUUUGUUUGAUGCCGGAAUCGGUUUUCGUCCCUCUUCCACUUGGAGAAGCAUUCGGCAGGUGAUCCCAUUUUUAAAGAAAUGUAUUCGCCGACAAAUUGGAAAUGGCCUCGAUACCUCAAUUUGGGCAGACCCAUGGCUUCGAGAUGGAAAUAAUUUCAAGGUGAUAACUAAAAGGCCUAACUACUCAGCGUUCCCGGACAAAGUAGCGGACUUGAUCGACCCUCAAUCUCAGUCUUGGAAUCUAAGCGUUGUAGAAGGGGUGUUUUGGCAGGUUGAUGUAGAGCGAAUUUUGGAAGUCCCAGUUAGUCGUGGGCUAACAAACGACAAGUGGAUUUGGCACUUUACACCGAAUGGAAAUUUUUCGGUACGGUCGUGUUAUCAUGCGAUCGUUACAUCCUCAUCGGCGCCGGAUAAUGCUGGGAUGGCUGGUGGGAAUAACGAAGAAAACGCUCGACGUUGGAAACAAAUUUGGGGUUUGUCCAUUCCACCGAAAAUACGGAUUUUUUUGUGGCGGCUCUGUGGAAAUUCGCUCCCCUCAAAUGCUGAGCUUUAUAGGAGGAAAGUGAGUAGUUCCCCAAUCUGUGGUAGGUGCAACAAUGGUAUGGAAACAACCAUGCAUGCCCUCCUUGAAUGUUGUGAUGCGGGGGUAGCAUGGACUAAUUUGUUAGGGCCACGACAUCACUGGUGGAACUUCAAAUCGAAUUGGCAAUGGCUUUCGAGUAUAUCCGAUUCCCUCAAUGAUGGUGACUUUUUGGUAGCGGUGGUACUUGCAUGGAAGCUCUGGGAAAGACGUAACAAGUCAAUCAAAGGAGAAGAAGAGUUGCAAGUCCUUGAUCUUGUGGCUUGGUGCAAAAGCUAUCUAGCAACUUACAGUACGGCGCAAUUUAGACCAAAUGAGAGCAUGCACCCGGCACACCCAAGCGUUUGGAUUCCUCCCCCCGUAGGUGUCAUAAAAAUAAAUUUUGAUGCAGCGGUGACCCAGGGGCAGUGCAAGUUUUCGAUUGGGCUGGUGACGAGAAAUUCCGACGGCGUUUGCGUCUACUGGAGGCACGUUAAUGUUCGUGGGAAAUUAAGUCCGGUUGAAGGCGAGGCUAUGGCGGCUCUCAAAGCGAUUGAACUGGCAAGAAGUAAGGGAUGGUGGUCGGUGGCUUUCGAAAGGGAUAAUAUCCAAGUUAUCACAGCACUUCAUGAAGGAAAUUGUUUUUCUUCUACUUGGAGUGCGAUCAUUGCUAGAUCGAGAUUUCGCUCAAUUACCAGGAGCAAUUUCCAGCCGUACGGUCGUGAUUUCGCCGGCGGCAAACCCACCGGAAGGUUUUCAAACGGCCGGAUCGCAACCGAUUUCAUCUCUGAGGCGUUGGGGCUCCGGCGGUCGGUUCCGGCGUACUUGGAUACUGCGUAUAAUAUUACAGAUUUUGGCAUUGGGGUCACGUUUGCUUCUGCUGGAAUUAAGGUUAUGACUUAUGAUAACGCUACUUCUCAUGUUCUCGGGGUGAUUCCUUUAUGGAGGGAAUUGGAAUACUACAAAGACUACCAAAGGAGACUAAAAGCCUAUCUUGGUGAUGCGAAAGCCUACAAUACUAUCGCCAAGGCGUUGUACAUGAUAAGUAUCGGAACGAACGAUUUUCUAGAAAAUUAUUACACAUUUAAUUCGCAGAGAAGAUCGCAGUACACGGUGGAUGCGUACCAACAAUUUCUCAUCGGAAUCGCCAAAAAAUUUGUCAUCAAUCUUCACGGCUUGGGUGCACGUAAAAUAAGCCUCAGAGGGCUACCUCCAAUGGGUUGUAUGCCCUUAGAAAGAACACGAAAUAUAUUUAAUGGAAAUGGAUGCAUUGAGAAUUAUAACAUAGUCGCCAUGAGCUUCAAUGGGAAGUUGUAUGAUUUAGUGACCAAGUUAAACAAAAAAUUACCAAGGUUACAACUGGUUUUCUCCAACCCUUAUUACAUACUUCUACAAAUAAUCACGAACCCAUCCGCAUAUGGGUAUGAUGUUUCUCAAAUGGCAUGUUGCGCAACGGGGAUGUUCGAGAUGGGAUAUGCUUGUGACGAACGCAACCCGUUUACAUGUUCCGAUGCAAACAAAUAUGUGUUUUGGGACGCAUUUCAUCCUACCGAGAAGACUAAUAGACUCGUUGCUGAUCAUUUGGUCAAGACUGCUUUGCACAAGUUCCUUUGAUACACUAGAAUGCGUGUGUGUGUGUGUGUGUGUGUGUGUGUGUGUGUGUGUGUGUGUGUGUG